AUAAUUUUGGGAACAAAGUGAUGCAACAAGUAUAAAAAAAAACUACGGACACAAUAAAGAAAAAAAAAUACUUAAAUAAUUAAUGAUUUUUUCCUAAAGAAAUAUUUGAUUUGAUUUUUUUUUUUAAAAUGAUCCAUUUAAGUCUGUUUGGAAUUAUUGGAGGUGUUGUAUUAACUACUUUAGGACUGAUUAUGGGAUUUGUUGUUUUCCCACCAGUCAUAGAUAUGAAAGUUAAAGAAAGCGUGCAGUUAUUGGAAGAUAGUGAUCAAUAUUAUAGAUGGGAAGCUUUACCUCAAGCACUAGACUUUAAAGUAUACUUUUUUAAUGUAACUAAUGUGGAUGAAAUACAAAACGGUGGAAAACCAAGGGUAGCAGAAGUUGGUCCUUACAUAUAUUCUCAAUAUCGUCGAAAACAUAAUGUACAAUUUUCUGAUGACAAAACCACCAUAACUUACACACAAACACAAAAAUAUUAUUUUAAUGCAGAAGCUUCUGCUCCCAGGAAACAAAAUGAUAAAAUUAUUCUAUUAAAUAUGGUUAUGAACACUGUUUUUCAGACUUUAGAAUCUCAAAUUAAAGACACCUUAGUUGAUAUAAGAAGUGGUGUAAACAAUACACUAGAAAGUAUUCCAUUAGUUUCCGUAGUAAAACGAAUUAUAGAACGGACUACUCCAUUACAAGAACAUAUACGAAAUAAUUUUGACAGAUCAAAGAUAGGUGGACGACUCAGAGAUUUUCAGUCUAUUUUACAACGUGCUGAGACAGAAAGCACUGCAAACCUUGGAUUUAUCAAUGGAGAACUAAAUCGAGUUUUUAAUAGACCAGAUUCUAUGUUUGUCAAAACAACUCCAAAAGAAUUUCUUUUUGACGGCAUCCCGUUUUGUAUCAAACCAGUGAUUGGAAUUGCUGCUAUCAUUUGCAAACAAAUUGCCGACGCGAAAAGUAAUACUGUGACACAAUUUGAUGAUGGAAGUUUGAAAUUCGCCUUAUUUAAUUAUAAAAAUAAUUCUCAUGACGGAGUUUUUAUUGUCAAUACGGGGUACCGAGAUCCACUUAAAACAGGAAAAAUUGAGUUUUGGAAUGGGCAUAGUUCUUUAAAAAAUUGGCUGAACAAUCCAGGAGGAAGUACAUCUAUUUGUAAUAUGAUUAACGGAACAGAUGCUUCAUCAUUUCCACCAUUUAGAAAAAGAGAUGAAGAUUUAUUUAUUUUUAGUUCGGAUAUAUGCAGGUCAGUCAAGCUAGUCUAUUAUAAGGAGGGAGAGUAUAGGAAUAUUCCAUCAUUUCAGUACCGUACAUUGUUUUUAAAUCAAAUAGGACAAGAGUAUGGAAAUGAAUGCUUUUGUAUAAAUCAAAUUCCCAAAGCAAUUGUACAAAAGAACGGUUGUCUCUUUAGAGGAGCGCUUGAUUUAACCUCUUGUUUAAAUGCAAAUAUUAUUGCAACAAAUCCACAUUUUCUCGGAGCUUCACCAGAAUAUACUAGUCUUAUUGAUGGUUUUGAACCUGAUUUCCGAAAACAUCAAAUAUUAAUAGAUGUUGAACCACACACCGGGAUCCCGUUAAGAGGAGGAAAACGCAUCCAAUUCAAUAUGUUUCUUAGAAAAGUGGACUCGAUCUCUUUAACAAAAAAUCUUAAAACAACCCUCUUUCCCGUAGUGUGGAUCGACGAAGGCAUCGAAUUGAAUGACGAAAUGGUUAAUUUAGUAAAUAAAAGCCUAAUUAACGUAUUGUUUUAUCUAGAUUUAGUUCAAUGGGGUAGUGUAGUCAUUGGAUGUUUACUGGGCGUUAGCUGCACAGUUUGGUUCCUCAUUAAGAAAAAGAAAUUACGGAGCCAAAGUGUAGAACCCAUAUUUAUGAUCAAGUAAAAUAUUUUUUUUUAAACAUUUCCUUAAGUGUGCCAAUAAAUAAUUUGGAAAGCUAAGGUUUAAAAUGCUAUAUGUUAAGUUUUCUUUUUAAUUUUUUUAUUAUAUCAGAUGAUUAUUUUUAAGUCAAACCCCGGUGAUAAAAAGCAAAAGGUGAUAAUUUAUUUAACCACGUAAAAAUUACAUAUAAUAUUACUAUAUAAAUACUACAGUGAACUUAAGUAAAAUGGAAUAGAUGGGGCAGGUGAUAAGCUGAUAAACCAACAUGUAAUAAUUUAAGUUUUUAAUGAUUAAAUUCAAGUUUUCACGCAUAUAUUUCUAAUCUAUUUGUCAUUUAUUUAAUAAAUAAUAUUCUCGAUAA